CCGCCCGCCAUCGCCAUGCCGAGCGGCAGCUCCGCGGCCCUGGCCCUGCCGCCGCCGCCGCCGCCUCCCCCCCCUCCGCCCGACCCCCUCCUGCGGGACCGCCUGGCCGCCCUGGGGCUGGACGAGCCGCUGGGCCGGGACGCCGACCCCCUCCGGACGGCCGGUCCUGACGACGACGACCUGGACGGGGACCUGCUGGAGGACGACGACGACGACGACGACGACGACGACGAGGAGCCGGGCCUGCUGCUGCUGGCGGCCGCCCCGUCGCAGCCGCCCCCCGUCCCCGGCGGGGCCCUGGGGCCGGUCCUGCUGCCCGCCGCCGGCCUGGACGGGCGGGAGGCGGCCGGGGGGUUGUACGGAGGGGACGAUCCCCAGGGCGUGAUGGCCGCCAUGCUGUCCCACGCCUACGGGCCCGCCGGCGGCGGCGGCGGCGGAGGAGGAGGAGGAGGAGCAGCAGGGGCGGCGGCGGCCCUCAACGGCGAGCAGGCCGCCCUGCUGCGGAGGAAGAGCGUCAACACCACCGAGUGCGUCCCCGUGCCCAGCUCCGAGCACGUCGCCGAGAUCGUCGGCCGACAGGGUUGUAAGAUUAAAGCACUAAGGGCCAAGACUAAUACCUACAUCAAAACACCGGUGCGCGGCGAAGAACCCAUUUUUGUCGUCACCGGACGGAAAGAAGACGUGGCCAUGGCCAAGAGGGAGAUACUGUCAGCCGCCGAGCACUUUUCCAUGAUCCGAGCAUCUCGCAACAAAAACGGUCCCGCCCUGGGCGGGUUGCCAUGCACUCCCAACCUGCCAGGCCAGACCACGGUGCAAGUCCGGGUGCCCUAUCGAGUCGUCGGACUGGUGGUCGGCCCCAAAGGAGCCACCAUCAAAAGGAUUCAGCAGCAGACCCACACGUACAUAGUCACCCCGAGCCGAGACAAGGAGCCCGUCUUCGAGGUGACGGGCAUGCCCGAAAACGUGGAUCGAGCCCGGGAAGAAAUCGAGAUGCAUAUCGCCAUGCGUACCGGAAACUACAUCGAGCUGAACGAAGAAAACGAUUUCCAUUAUAAUGGUACCGACGUGAGUUUUGAAGGGGGCACUCUGGGCUCGGCGUGGCUUUCUUCCAAUCCCGUCCCUCCCAGUCGCACCCGCAUGAUAUCCAAUUACAGAAACGAUAGCUCCAGCUCUCUAGGAAGCGGCUCCACGGAUUCCUACUUCGGCAGCAAUAGGUUGGCUGACUUCAGCCCGACUAGUCCGUUCAGCACGGGGAACUUUUGGUUUGGAGAAACCCUGCCAUCUGUGGGCACCGAAGACCUUGCGGUUGACUCUCCCGCCUUUGACUCCUUAGCCACAUCUUCCCAAACCAUCUGGACUCCGUUCGAACCCGUGAACCCGCUCUCCGGCUUCGGGGGCGAUCCUUCCGGAAAUCUGAAGACCCAGCGUAGAGGAAGUCAGCCAUCCACCCCUCGUCUGUCUCCUACCUUUCCCGAAAGCCUGGAACAUCCACUCGCUCGGAGGGUGAGAAGCGACCCACCUAGUACAGGGCACCACGUUGGCCUUCCGAUCUACAUCCCUGCUUUUUCUAACGGUACCAACAGUUACUCCUCUUCCAAUGGCGGUUCCACGUCGAGCUCGCCUCCCGAAUCGAGACGGAAGCACGACUGCGUGAUCUGCUUUGAGAAUGAAGUGAUUGCUGCCCUAGUUCCGUGUGGUCACAACCUCUUCUGCAUGGAAUGUGCCAACAAGAUCUGUGAAAAGAGAACGCCAUCUUGUCCAGUUUGCCAGACAGCUGUUACUCAGGCAAUCCAAAUUCACUCUUAAAAAAAAAAUAUAUAUAUAUAUAUAUAUAUAAAUAUAUACACCUAUAUAUGUGUAUGAAUAUAUUCUAGCUCUAUAUGGACUCUCUUAAAGGCAUGGGUGUAAGUGGUACCCCCAGUAAACUUCCUAAUGAAUUCUUAUGACUGUUAUCAGGCUUUCUUGGGAUUAGGCAAAAAUUGUUAGUCAAUUUAUACUUUCUGAAAGGCUGCUGUGGUAACACUAAACCUAAGUGGUCUCUGUCCAGUUUGACUUAAAUGGGUGUCCUGUCGAGCAGAGACGUAGUUGGUCCGAGAUUGCGGGGACGAAGUUGGGUUUAAACUCAGUUGGCCGGGGGACGGAACUGUGGGCUUCCCAGGCCCGCGAGUUAAGUUGGCCACCUCUAAGAUUUGAAGGCAAUGAAUCCCAUGGGCCUAACCGUAUUUCCCCAAGUUUCUGGAGGGUACGUGGCAUUAUUGAUGUUUCAGACACUUCCAGUGCUGCCUUCUUUACACUGCCAGUUUUGAAAAAACAGGUUUGUUUGUUUUUUUUAUUUUACAGCAACCUAUGCCUAAUUCUGCAGUAUUGUAAGUGACUUUUUAAAUGCAUAACUUGACUUGCUGGUAUGGAUAGGUCUGAUGGCAGUUAAAAUUGAUGGCUGUUAACCAUUUGGGAAGAAAACACCCGCAUUGACCUUCAUCUCUCGCCCAGAGUGCUCAUG